AUGUCUACAACUUAUUCCUACUUCUUUGCGUCUACUGUAGUUUUAGCUGUCGUUACAGCUCAGUAUUACAAUGCCGGGUCUAUGACAGGCAUCGGUUGCGUUAUUACAGUAAGCGCUGUAGUAUUUAAUAAAAUUAUUAUAUAAUUUUUUUAUAUUUUACAAUUUAGAGUCUUAUUUUAAAUUAGUGUAAAAAACCAUUUAAAAUAUAGUUUAUGUUAUACAAUACGUCUUGUUUGUUUAGGGAGACAAACUGUUUUCUCACGGUAACUACAUAAGGGACUUGAAGGAAGAUGAAGUUAAGGACCUUAACAAGUACAGAGAAGAGUUAACAGUAUUUCAAAAAGUAAGUUAAUAUAGUAACAUACAUUACUUUUGAUUAUAUAGGCUAUAGGUGAAGCUUAUGCUCAAGCAGAUAUAUACAAUGGGACUGCUGCUGUGCUACCUACUUUGCCACCAAGACCUACUAUCCCAUCAUUUUGUACUGGCAACGAAACUACUCUAUAUGUUUUGGGUAAGCAUAUAUCAUUAAUUGCAAGUUUAUAGUGACCAAGUAGUCAAAAUUGGAUAAUAUUGCUUAUAAACCAUUCUUUAGUCUCAUAACUUAUCAUCUAAUUAAAAUACACGAAAACAUACUUUAGGGUCAUGUACCGUACAAAACCACAAAGUCUACGUGAGCGGUAAGUUCGCCCGAGAGUUAAAUGACGACGAAAAGGACAAACUCUACGAAUUUAAUAAGAAAUUGGCUGAGAAUCAAGCUUAUGUGGCAGAAGCCGAGAACGAAACAAAUUCGACGAUGACAGAGACUCCAGUUGCACCUCCAGAAGUCCCCACUCUAGACUUUUGCACCGAGUUUUAA